GUCGGGCCAACUUGCGUGCGCCUCGGCUAUUCCAUCGGGUACCUGCCAGCUCCCACUAGCACAAGUAUCAGUAACUCUGACUACCGAGGCUUAGGUCCUAAUUCUGCAGAGGCCUUGUUGAAAAAAGAUGAUAACAUUACGUCAUCAAAAAAGAAAGAUGAUCACAUGAAUGUAGUUGCUUGUAAUAAGAACAUGGGAUCAUAUCUUGCUGCGGUGACUCUUGAUGUCAUCUGGAUUGUUUUUCCAGCCAUUUUAUGUUUAACUAUUCUGGCAGAUUGGACAUAUAUUAAUGCAGUUGUGAUGACCUUGUUGGUGGCUUUCUUCAUUGUAGCUAGAAGAUCUGGAUUUUCUGUUUCUCAGGAAGAGGGGGUCCGAUCUCUCAGGACAAAUAUAUCUGCAUAUAGGGUUUCUAUGAAUCUUCUGACAUGCGUAUGUAUUCUGGCUGUCGACUUCAAGAUAUUUCCUAGAAGAUAUGCUAAAACAGAGACCUAUGGUACUGGCUUGAUGGACAUUGGAGUAGGUUCGUUUAUUGUGGCAAAUGCUUUGGUUUCACGGCAAGCACGUGGAAUUGCAAAAAUGAAUUUGAGAAAUGCAAUUUCUUCAACUUGUCCACUUAUAGUUCUGGGCUUUGCUCGAAUCUUUUUCACAUCAACUGUGGAUUAUCAGGUUCACGUUGGUGAAUAUGGUGUGCACUGGAAUUUCUUUUUCACUCUUGCUGCCGUGGCAGUUUUGACAUCGAUGAUUAAUCUUUCGCCAAGUAAUUGUGGAAUUCUGGGCUGGUUUAUUCUAUUAGGAUAUGAGGUCUUCUUGUUGCUUGGGCUAAAUGAAUAUCUUCUUUCAAGCGAAAGAGGACCUGACAUCAUCAGCCAAAACAAAGAAGGAAUUUUUAGCAUUUUUGUGUAUUCCCACAGGUGGGGUUUAGUGAGGGUAGUAUGUAUGCAGACCUUAGCCGUACCUUGUGGAGAUAGAGAGGCUGUUUCCGAUAGACCCUCGGCUCAAGAAAAGCAUUUCAAAGCAGGUUAUUGGGGGUUAUACCUUGUUUGCGUCCAACUAGGCAGCUAUCUUUUCUUUGGAAAACCUGGAGAUGCUCUGUUGAGAACAAACGAUUGGGCAAGGAUUAGAGUCUGGAUUCUUUGUCUUCUACUCUGGUUGUUGACAGUUUUUCUAGACAUGCACGUUGAGAGGGUUUCUCGCAGAAUGUGCAACCUGGCGUAUGUUACUGUAGUAUUGGCUAUGAACCUUCAGGUUUUUGCAGUUUUAACUCUAGCUGAUUAUGUACCUGGAUAUAAAGUUGCUGCGUUGAUAGAAGUUUUUGACCGAAACUUACUGGGCUCUUUUCUUCUGGCUAACGUGCUAACCGGAUUGGUUAACCUGUCCAUUGAUACCCUCUUUGUCUCACCAUUCACUGCACUUGCUAUCUUGGUUGGAUAUGCAUACAUUUUAUCUAUUGCUGCAGCAAUUGCACAUGUUUGUGGUAUUCGAUUGAAGUUUUGGUAGGGGAGCUUAGUCUAGUGUACUCUAGUUUCAUUUUUUAACCCAUCCUCCAUUACAUUACUCUUCUUAUUGUUAUAGAUCCUGUGUGUCUACAUUAGAAAUACAUACACUCUAUUUCUGCUCA